UUCUUCCUUCCACCCUUCCUUCCAUCCUUCCUCCCUCUUCUUCCUCUCCUUCCUUCUUCUUCAACAAGGUGUUGUUUUUGUAACUGACUACUGCUAGCAACGUUGUAGUUAUAGUGAGCAGGUAAAAUGCAGAUACAAUCCUGGCCGUGGUAUCGUUUAGUUUUGGCUCCCAUCCACUAGGUGUCUUAGCUAACGUUAGCUAUUCAAGUAUCCCCGACUAAAAAUGCGCCGACAUGUCACCUAGCAGCAGUCAAAACGAGUGGGUCGGUCGUUUAGAAAAUACUGGAGCUAAUCUUCAAUCAAAAUGAGUUCGUUCGCUGGUCGUAUGAAGGAGUAUCCCAACAUGUCUCUGGACCGUUUCGACAGGGAGAAUCUACACGCAAGGGCUUAUUUUUUAUCUCACUGUCAUAAAGAUCACAUGAAGGGACUGAAGGGGCCUCUGUUGAAAAGAAAGUUGAAAUUCAGUCUGACAGUCAAACUGUACUGUUCAUUUGUAACUAAGGAACUGUUGCUGAGCAACCCAAAAUAUGCCUUCUGGGAAGAUCACAUAGUUGCUUUGGAACUGGAGAGUCCCACACUAAUCACUUUAAUAGAUGAGGCUUCAGGAGAGAGAGAAGAACUUGUGGUGACUCUGCUUCCUGCAGGUCACUGUCCAGGCUCGGUCAUGUUCUUGGUAGAGGGGGCCCAGGGUGCGGUGUUGUACACAGGAGACUUCCGACUGGCGAAGGGAGACGCCUCCAGGAUAGAACUCCUCCACUCUGGGAGCAGGGUGAAAGACAUCAAGAGUGUGUAUCUGGACUCCACCUUUUACGACCCUCGCUUCUACCAGAUCCCCAGCAGGGAGACCUGUCUACAUGCUAUCCAGGACCUGGUACAGGACUGGAUCAGUAGGAGUGUGCGCCACACAGUGUGGCUGAACUGUAAGGCUGCGUAUGGAUAUGAAUACCUCUUCACUAACCUGGCGAACGAGUUUCACACACAGAUUCAUGUCAACAACCUGGACAUGUUUAAGAAGAUGCCAGAGAUUCUGAGUCAUGUGACCACGGAUCGAGCCACUCAGAUCCAUGCCUGCCGUCACCCCAAGGGGGAGGACUUCCUGGCUACCAGGUUGCCAUGCGGCGGCUCCUCUACUCCUCUCAACAUCAUCAGCAUCAAACCCUCCACCAUGUGGUUUGGAGAGAGAACACAGAGGACCAAGGUUAUCGUCAGGACAGGUGCCAGUUCCUACAGAGCCUGCUUUUCCUUCCACUCCUCCUACUCUGAGAUCAAAGACUUCCUGUCUUAUCUCCAGCCCAUCAACAUCUACCCCAGUGUCGUUCCUAUUGGCCGAACCCACGCUGAUGUCACAGAGCUGUUGAAGUCCAUGUGUAGAGACGUGUCCUCUUCAGCUGUGGUCUACAGACCUCUGGGAACACUGAAACGCACCAGACCAGAGCAGCAAACCCACGAUGUGGACCGUGCUGAUUGGCUGUUUGAGGGGGCGGACCUGGCCCCUGUCAGGAAGAGGGUGAUGAUGCAGGAGGCCACACCCACAACGCUCACUAACCCUCCCGACGAUCCUCUUCCCUUCACACCUCUCGUCACGGGAGACUACAUGGACUGUACCGAAUCUAAUGACGAUGAGGAGGAGGAGGAGGGAGAGAGAGGCUGGGGAGGAGAGAGACCUGGAGGAAGGAGAGAGAGGUGGGGAGGA